CCUAUUAAUAUGUAUAUAAAUUUAGCUCAUCAGAGACCAUGCCUAAGCCUUCCAAGAAGAGAAAAGGGGUUGCUACCUCUCCCAAGGCUGCUCAAAAGGAAGCAACAAUAGCAAGUGUAGUAGCUUCAGAACAAACACCAACUAAUGCUGCUCAUUCCGAUGAAGAAGGCUUGCAACUAAAAAAGAGGAAACCAACUACAGCUCCUUCUUGGGUAUGGGAACAUUUUACUAAGAAGGAAAUUAAAGGUGCUUCUAAAGCUAUUUGUAAUUAUUGUGGAACUAAUUAUUCAUUUAGAAGCUCAAAAAAUGGCACUUCAACUAUGAGUAAUCAUCUAAGGGUCCAAUGUAGGAAAUUUCCUAAAGAAAGGGAUCCUAAACAAAAGGUUCUGUCAUUUCAACCCAAGACAAAGGAGUCAGAAGAGAAAGUGGGUUGUAACUUGACCAUUGUUGCUUUUGAUAAGGAAGCAAGUAGACUAGCAUUUGCCAAGAUGAUUGUUGUUGAUGAGUUAACCUUUAGAUUUGCAGAAGGGGAUGGCUUUAGAUACUUCAUGAGUAUUACACAACCUUUAUUUCAAGUUCCAUCUAGAAUCACUACUGCAAGGGAUGUUUCUAAGCUUUACAUAACAAAGAAGAAAAAGUUAAAGAUGUGCUUAGUAGAAACUUACAGCAUGAUUAUUGUAGAGACCUUAAGUUACAAAGUGAAAAGUACUCUAAACAAGAUGUUUGAAGAGUAUUGCACACUCAGUGGGUUUAUGGAUGAAGAUAAUAGCAAUUCCCAUAGGCCAAGUUCACAGGGAAAGGAUGAUGAGGCUAUCAAUGAUGAUUUUUCAAUGGGUUAAAUGCUAAAUUUGGUCCUUCAACUUUAGUGAGUUGCACUUUUUUGGUCCCUCAACAAUUUUUUGCACUUUUUUGAUUCCUUAACUAUAUGAAAUGCACUCCAUUAGUCCUUCUGUUAAUUUGGGCCGUUAACUCUGCUUAUGUGGCAUUUUUUAUAUUUUUUUGAUGAUGUGGAGAGUAAAAUUUAAAAAAGUGA